GCACACAAACCGCAUGCGAUUAACGCCCUAUAAGAGCACUACGCGGAAGCAUGACGGCAAAAACUUCACCCGGACAGUUCAUACAAUCGCUACCGCACUAAAAAAGGCCCAACAUCUCGACAGAACGCCUCCAUCGAACUGCUUCGAGGCAUCUCGGCAACCGCAGCUCAGCCGAUGCUCGCGCUGUCCUUUACGAUGCAAGGCCGCUACUACGCGCCAAGGGACCCCGCAGGUCGCCGGACCAGACGGCUGGGUAACUUCGACGUCUUCAAGCCUUGCGCCAAGAGCCACGAUAACCAGACCGUCGCCCCGGGAGAGGCGUGCCAGGAUCAGCGGACCACAGCCGCGGCGUCGUACCGGUAUCGGGCGGCCUACUACGCGGCGCUAGCGUACGACAGGGCCACCAACACGACCCUGACGUUCGACAGUGACAGAGCACUGCAGUCGAAGGUGUGCGCCUCUAAGAGGAACGCCGUGACGCUGCGGUAUGGCAUCGCCGUCUACGACGUGGAAGACGAUGGAUGGCCCGGCGAAUGCAGCCAAUUCACCCUGCGAGGACAGUUCUGCCGCCUGUGCAUGCUGCGCCGGCUUAACGACUUCAUAAGCGCCGACUACACCGAGGCGAAGUCGCGCAAGGCGGCCUGCCGCAAGAUACACCCCGAGAUGAUAGACAACUUCAAGUGCGCAUAGCCUUCCAGUCUUACGAAGCACGCGUGUGUGGUUCUGUUGCGUAAUUCGUUGGACACGCUGUGUAGUUCUCUUGGACAGCACUUUCGUCUCACGUUUGUUUUACGUAUACGCUUUACACUUCGUUCGUGUUUGACCUGCGUUGCGCACAGAGGCAUACACACAUUAUAUUUUCACGCUAUAUAUUGCUCAUUGUGAUUAUAUUGAAUCGCACUACAUUGUGAUUAUAUUGAUUAGUUUGUCCUAAGGACUACGCAUUGACCAGUGUAUUGCCUAACGCGAUCGAAAGGAAGUCGCGGCGAAAGAA